AUUCCAAUGCUGACUAGAAGAAGAACUGGUUCUGGUGCAUCGUUUAAAUUUAACUAAAGAAACUGGAUCGAACUACUUUGAGAUCAAGAUCAAGAUCAAUAAGAAUGGCGCCUGUCGGAUUGCCUCCAGGUUUCAGGUUUCAUCCGACAGACGAAGAGCUCGUCAGCUACUAUCUCAAACGCAAAAUUCAUGGGCAAGAGAUUGAACUCGACAUCAUCCCUGAGGUUGAUCUCUACAAAUGUGAACCCUGGGAUUUAGCAGACAAGUCGUUCUUGCCGAGCAAAGAUCCAGAGUGGUAUUUCUUCGGGCCAAGAGAUCGCAAGUAUCCAAACGGAUUCAGAACGAAUAGGGCAACCCGGGCGGGCUAUUGGAAGUCUACUGGAAAAGAUAGAAGGGUGAUGUGCCAAAUUCAGAGUCAGAAUCAAUGUCGUGCAAUCGGAAUGAAGAAGACCCUCGUGUAUUAUAGAGGUCGAGCUCCACAGGGAAUAAGAACGGAUUGGGUAAUGCAUGAAUAUCGCCUCGACGACAAAGAAUGCGAUCAAGAUGCCUCGGGAAUUCAGGUUUGUAUUACCCUUAUCUAAU